CUAUGGUGAGCUCUGUGAAUUGUGUAAGACUCAUGAAUCACAGCUGUAUACCCCUGAAACAAAUAAUACAUUAUAUGUUAAAAAAAAAAAAGAUUAGAUUCCUAAGAUGGCAUUUGCCCAUAAGUACAUCAGCUGUGAAACGAAACUGUGGGAAAAGAUUUAUUAUUUGAGGUAGGACAUACUUGGUUUUAAAUUUCUAUUCUGCCACUUACAGAUGCCAUUUACCUUGGGUAAGAUAUUUAACACCAAUUGGAUGGUAUCUUAUAAAACUUUUGUUUGUUUUCGUAUGCAAUUUGGGGAGUAUGUCAUAAAUUAAUUUGAUGGAAUCCUUAAAUUUUUAGUAACUGGCUCUAGUGUGAAAGGAGGUGGCUCAGAAUUAUCUUAGAAGGACCUUCUUAUGUUAGAGGUCUGAAGCUUAUUUAGCAGAAACUGAAGUUUCAGCCCUAGUGAUAGAUGACAAAUGAAAACGGCCCUUUACCUAAUUUCUGUUUCUUAUCCAAAAGCAAUUUAUGAUCUAUUUAGAAUAGAAUAGAAAUCAGAAGAUUGGUUCUCUUUAUUUUGCAAGUAGAACUUUCGUUCUGAAUAACUGACUUACUGCUUAUGCCUGAAUCUCUUAUCAGCUCACCAGGUCAGAAUACCCUGGAAGACCUGAUAGUUUGAGUGCUGACACCCAAAUCCAAAAUCUAAGUGUGGCUACAUUAAGAAGGUGGCCACUGUGGGUAAGUGUCCAAUCAUGAGAUCUCGUCAAAACAGUGAUGGUGUCUAACCCCUGUCAGGAGAAUCCUACUUAAUUCUGUUGGAGAGUGAAUCCCAGAUCCCUGUCAUCCUGGUCCUCAGGCCUUGGGCUAACAGGAAAGAUGUUUAACACUUAUUACAGGUCAGAAACUGCUGGAUCAUCCCACAUAACAUUAUCUUAUUUAAUCCUCAUAAAAUUUCCCUGUGAAGUACUUUGUGUUAUCCCCAUUCCUAAUUCCUCAAACACCCAACUUUUUUUCCCACCUUCUCAGCUUCUAUAUAUCCUAUUCCCACCUGGAAUGCUUUUAUUUCUCCUCUUUGCCUCAUAAUCCCUACUUGUCCUUCAGAGCUCAUCUAAGAUGUUACAACCUCAAGGAAGCCCUCCUAACCCCCUAGCUCUGAUUACCCAUUGCACACUGUAGUCACACACUGUAUCUCAAUAAGCACAAGAAAUUAUGGGAUUAGUCAUGUAAUAUCUGCUGUGCAUGCUGAAACAUAAGCUCCAUGAGGACAGGAGCUGUGUCUGUGUCAUUUUCCUGUCUUAUUUGUAGUGCCAGACAUAGUUCCUUACCCAUAAACAUUCAGUACAUAAAACGUCUGAUUAUGGCACACAAAUGCCAUCUAUCAGGAAUUGAAUGCUUGUCUAUUAUAACUUCAGAACUUUAAACUGCACCAGACACAGAACCUAACAGGAAGUAUUUCUAAAUGAAAUUGCCCAAGAAACUUCCUCAACUCUAUUUCAGUUCUAAAUUGGCUAAUGAUAAAAGUUACUCAUUAAUCUUAGGUACUGGCUAGAGUGUGGUUCGGAGAAAAGGAACUGAAAGUCUUCAAAAAGUCUUCCCAGUCUGUGUAGGUGAGCUUUUCAGAGAUGUCCCAUGUUUCUGACCAGCUAGUUUGAAAAAAAUUGGUAGGACAGGCUCUAGGACUACACGUCCCAUUAGGAAACUUUAUGAAGUACAAAGGUAGAUGCAUCUGGUUUACCAGUAUUUCUGACUUCCUGCUGAACUGAAAACUGCUUGUUUUGUGGAAAAGCAAAAACUCUGCAGCAAAUAUCGAAAAUGAAGAGGCCCCGAACUUUUGAGGAGCAAACAGAAUGCAUCGUGGACACUUUACUUACAGACUUCUUAGGCACCACAAUGCAGGUUGCUAACCGGGACCUACGUUGUGGAGACGAACCAGAUUCAGGAGAGUCUUGCUCUUUUGACGUGGCCAUCAUUGCUGGCCGCCUUCGGAUGUUGGGUGACCAGUUCAAUGGAGAAUUGGAAGCUUCUGCCAAAAAUGUCAUUGCAGAAACCAUUCAGGGACAGGCAGGAGCUGUAUUGCGGGACACAGUGAAAUCUCUCAGCCAGGCCUGGUGUGCUCAGGAUUCCAGCUUAGCUUACGAGAGAGCCUUUCUGGCAGUGUCAGUGAAGCUUCUUGAAUAUGUGGCCCGCAUGGCUCCCGAAAUGGCAAGACAGGUGGCUGUCCCCAUGACAAACAUGAUCAAUGGGAACAGUGCCAUCCGGGAGUUUGUCCAGGGCCAGGGAGGUUGGGAAAAUCUGGAGAGCUGAAAAAGAGGUGGCGCUGUUUCCCAGCCUGAACAUCACUGCCACUUUGUUCUGGUGACUGAUUGCUGGCCAUUGACACAGACAGCCAAAUCCAAAGCUACUUUCUUUUGGACACAAAUGGACUUAGCUGAAUAAUUUCUUUUCCACUGAUGGCUAAAGUUGGGAGCAGCCCUCGGAGGUCUACAGAGAUUUUGUACCUUCUGUCUUUAUGAGAGUUUGAAGGAGGUUCCAUUUAAGCAAAGACCUCCAGAUACAAAGUAAUGGCUUGUUAGGAGUGGAAUUUCCAGGCAACAGAGCAAGGCUUCACUGGACGUAUUUUGGGAAAGGGAGCACACAGUAAACUAUUUGUUCGGAUUUAGCCCUGUCCUUUAUUAAAGAUCUUGUCUACUCUACAGUCUAAAGGACUUCAAGGGAGAUCUUUGUUGGACUCUUGUUAUUUUAAGUUGAGGAUUUUCUUUUAAAUUCCUAUCCUAAGUUUUGUGUUAAUUUCACCAAAGCAAAAUUAUUGUAUGCAUUUUUAGGCUGAAAGCAAAAAAAAUGGCAGUUUCUUCAUCUGCCCUGCUACUAGAAAGGCCAACAGAAGAUAAAACAGUGCAUUUUUACUGCCACAGGAUGCAGGAAGUACUGGCCCACAUCUAGGAGAGUGGGGCCACCCCACCUUAGAUGAAACUAGCUGCAUACCACAGUGUUUUUCAAACCAAAAAGUGGUUUACAUACCACUUGUGGACCUUAUAUUUCCAGGCCCCCAUCCCUAGAGAUUCUGACUCUGUAGGGGGAGGCUGGGGCCGAGCAUCCUACCUUUUUAACCAGUUGCACAGGGGUUUCUUAUGUCCAUAUAGAACUUGAGAACCCUCACGUUAGAGCAGGGCUUGGCCAAAUCCUGUCUGCUGCUUUUUUUGUCGAUAGGUUUAUUGGCGUGCAGCUACACUCACCUGUUUCCAUCUUGUCCAUGCCCGUAUUAGCACCUCAAUGGCGGAGUUGAGGAGUUACAGCAGACACCUAAUGGCCCGUAAAAUACAUUUACUGUCUGGCCUUUACAGAAAAGCAUGUAGACCCCUGCUUUAAAGCUAAAUGAAUGUUUCUCUCUGAAUAAUUUAAAUUCUGUUGCAAUCCUGAUCAUUCAUACCAAACACAACGGUAUGUAGGAUAACUCUAUUUUUUUUUAGAAUUCAGUCUGAGAGUGUUUGUUAGUUCCUGCAGAGUCCACACUUUCUCUGGGACUUUGGCAAAUCAAAAAGCUCUGGGACUCCUGGGUGGUCAGUCACUAGAGGGUAUACAUUUCCCUGGCCCCUACCGUAAGUGACUGGAAGUAAAGCCUAUGGUAUCUACGGCAUGUGUAUCUUGUAAUAAUCCUUCAUACCUCAUAGAUUAGUAGGCACUCAUCAAGUAGAGACUCUUACAUUCAUAAGCCCCAAGGCUAGACUACUUACCUGCUUGUCAAGAAGAAAAGCAUUGCUGUAUCUAUUUUUGAAGAGAGGCAUUAAUGGUUUGGUUACAGUUUGGCUCAAGUGUAACCACAUCCCCUCCCUUCAGCCAGCCAGCUAUCUGUUUCCCCUAAAUGCAUAGAAAUAAAGAUGUAGCGCUGCUACUAUAUUUUCGCUUUUUAAGUUAUGCUAUUUCCUCUAUUCAUGGAUAAAUCACAAUAGGUUAGUAAUCCCAAAUGAGAUUUCAUGUUUCUCUUAAAUAGGAAUUAGCUUUAUUUGCUACCAAGUUUGAACAAUGUAUUCCUUUGUCCCUUACAUUACUGUAAAUUCAACAUGGUGGAUUUUUUUUUUUUAAGAUUUUAUUUAUUUAUUUGAGAGAGAGAGAGAGCACAAGAUGGGGAGAGCGGGAGAGGGAGAAGCAGACUCCCCACUGAGCAGGGAGCCCGACGCGGGACUCAAUCCCGGGACUCCAGGAUCAUGACCUGAGCCGAAGGCAGUCGCUUAACCAACUGAGCCACCCAGGCGCCCUCAACAUGGUGGAUUUUGUGGUAUUUUACUUCUUAGGUGAAAUCACUAUUUUCACUUUGACCAAUGCUGUUUUGUUCGUGAAAUAAAAUUAUAUCCAUGUAUUUGAACUAAUUCUCAGUAAGUGCCAUCUCAAUUGAAUGAUAGAGAAACAACAGAUUGGUGGUUUCCAGGGGCAGGGGAUGGGAGGUGGGGGAAAUAGGUGAAGGUGGGCAAAGAGUAUAACCUUCCAGUUAUAAGAUGAAAAAGGUCUGGGCAUGUAAUAUACAGCAUGGUGACUAUAGUUAACAAUAUCGUAUCAUAUAUUGAAAAGUUGCCGAAAGAGUGGAUUUUUAAAGUUCUCACCACACACACACACACAAAACCACAUUAUUUAUUUAUUUUAUUUAUAUAUUUUUUUAAAAUUUUAUUUUUUCUAAAUAAUCUCUAUACCCAACAUGGGGCUUGAACUCACAACCCUGAGAUCAAGAGUCACAUGUUCCACCAACUGAGCCUGCCAGGCGCCCCAAAACACAUUUUUUAGCUAGGCAAGGUGAUAGAUGUGUUAACUAACCUUACUGUGGCAAUCAUUUUAAAAUAUAUACAUAUAGCAAAUCAUUACGUUGUAUACCUUAAACUUAUACAAAGUUAUAUGUCCGUUAUAUCUCAAUAAGAGGACAAAUAAAGUAAAUGAUAAAUGUCAGAGGCCAGCAGCCUCCUCUUUGUCUUUUCUUUUCCCACUUAGCUAGAGAAGCUCCCUGUUUUAUCCUAUACUGCCAAUGAAACAUCAGAAUAUGAAUCUGGCUCCAAAUAUAUGGCAGUGUCUUAAGAUCGAGGAUAUGGUGCCCCUGGAGGUUAUGCUAAGUAAAUGGGAAAAACAUCUCUGGUUUGUGUUUGUUGCUAGGCCACCCUUUCCUAGGAGAGCUGAGUGGUGGGGUUGCAGAAAGAAAACACGGUAGCCCAGAGAUUAAGAAUACCUUCAGAUUGUCUGAUUUUAACAAUUUAGUUUCACCAUAGACUAAUCAUGUGACACCGGGCCAGUAAUCCAAUUCCUUUGUGCCUUAGUUUCCAGGUCUUAAAAUAGAGAUGAUUUGGUUACUAAUUCGUGGGAUUGUGGCGAGGGAUAAAUGAAACAAUACACUGUGUAAAGGGUUUAGCCCAGUUUCUGGAAUAUUUUAAGCACUGCACCAUUAACAAUUUGGGACUGCUGUGAUUCGGUGUUCAUAAAGUUCUACCUUGACUUUUUUUCUCUCCACUGACAUGGUCUCUCACAAAGGCAAGCCAACCUUCUGGCUUUACCUCUCACCUUGAUGUGGGUGAUUCCCAAGUCUGGCUUAUUUCCCAGCUUCCUAAAUCCACAUCCACAAGCUCUGAUUCUUCAUUUCUAUGUACCGUUCUUAUCCCUGUACAUUCCCAGACUGCCAUCCAGCUAGCACAAAACCUUAGUCAUUUCUCCCUGUUCCCUCUUUCCAGUCUUGCACACACACAAUUAGUCUUUCUCAUUUAUUCCUUCCUUUUGUCCUAAUUCUCUGCCUGGACUUUUGGUAAAGCCUCUUAGUUAGGCUGUUAAUUGAUCAUCCUGUUCCAGGCUUGCCCCAUUCCAGUCCAUCCGAUAUACUGCCACCAGAUUGACCAAAGCUGUGGUUUCCUUGUCUAUUCUUUUAAUUCAUUUCUAGAUGUGGCAAAAUUCAUUUUGAAGUUUUACAUAACUACUGAAGGAGAUGAUGAGACUUUCAAAAAAUUUAUCAGAAGGGGCCAUUUCUUAAAAAAAAAAAUAUCGAGAAACAUUGCUUUGCCUGCCAUUUUCUUAAGAUUUUCCAGUGGAACUUUUGAAGGUGAUUGGAUAUGUUCCUUAUCUUGAUUGUGGUGAUGGUUUCAUGGCUGUGUACACAUUUCAAACUUAUCAAACCAUGCACUUUGAAGUAUGCAGUUUAUUGUAUGUCAAUAGUAUCUCAAUAAAGUUGUAUUAAAAAAAACCCAACCUUUACUAGUUUUCCGCUGCCCAUCAAAUAAAGCCUGACUUUUCACCCUGGUGUUCAAAUUCCCCCAGGAUCUGUCUCCAACUACCCUUUCUAGCCUUGAUUAUCAAUCAGGACUCUACAGAACCAAGGCUCCAGGCAGACUGAGCCACUCACUAAGCCACCCAACUCCUACUGUUCUCUCUCUCUUUCAUAUUGCUUCUCCUCAGGCUCUUUGACAUAUUCAAGGCCUAACUUAAAUGCUGCUUCCUCCAUGAAGACUAUCCAGAUAACCCAAGCACAAAGUGAUCUUUGCCUUCUCAAAAUUUUGUGCGCAUAACAUUUAUGGCCUUACCACGAAUGGCCUUAGAUUAUAGUUAUUUGUGUACUUACCUUCCUUACGAGUAUAAAAGAUCCUUGAAUGAAGACAAUUUGUUGCACACAUCUGUAGCGCCCCCUCGUCCCCAUUCUCUUGUAUGUAUAUGGAUCUCGUAAAUAUUCAUUAAAUGAAUAAACAGACAAUACUGAAUAAACAGUCAGAAGAAAGAUAAGACUUCAUGUUUGAUUAUGUUUUGAACAAGAUGCCAAGCCCCACCAAGAGUUAAAAAAAAAAGGUAAAUUGCGUGAUUUGGAAAUUAUCAGUUGACUUUUGCCCCCUGAGGAUUGUGUUUCUGAAACCAAAGGUGGAGCAUGAUUCCCUGUGGAAUGUGGGGUACUGACUACGAAGUUCACAGCAGGUGAACUAAAGAGCUUGAUGAGGUCUCAGAAUACUGUAGUGACCAGAAGCAAUCAUGACCAGAAGCUGGGGAGUGGACUUUCCUGCUGUGGGUGAUGUAAAAACACCAGGAAAGCAACAAGCUUCAGUAGAGGCAUUUUAUAAGCUUCUUUUGUGUCCUUUUAGAGAGGGGGAACUGGAUCUAUUCUGGAGAGGAAGGAGGUCAUCCCCCCCACCCACCCAUGGUGGCCCUGCAGGAUUGGACUCUGCGUCAGUGAUGGCGGCCAUGGCUCCGCUGCUGGGCAGCAGCCCUCAGGCAAGUGCUCUUUGCCAGGGUCCUGGAUGUCCCUGUAGGGAAGGCCCAUCUGUUCCUGGCACAGUGAAAGUGCCCGGCAGGAGACCCGGAGUCAUUGCUGUCUUGAGCAAACAAGUCGGGGUGGAUCUCUCACCAGCAUCCAACCACAUUAUGUAGCGUCCUUUAUCAUGAUAGGCUUAUUUCAGGUGUGCUGAAGACCCUGGUAAGCACUGGGGGUUACCCAGAUGCAUAUAGAAGACACUAGCAUUGCCUUUGAUAAACUUAAAACUCCAGGGGGCCGUUUGUGUGUUUUCUCUUGAAUAAACUCUUUUAAACUCAUGGGAGACAAGGAACAUGUGAAGAAACAAAGAAAACUUCUAUGGCUGAAUAUAAAGACUUCAUUCCGAGAAGAGGCAGACUAAGAGAAGUUCAUUGGUGAGAUGGCGUCAGGGGCAGGGUUGUUGAAGAAAAGAGUGACCAAGCUUUACAGCUCUAUUUUUGUCUUGACGAAAAUUAGGGGAAAGGUGAGAAGUAGCAAAAGAGGUGGCAGUAGCAAGAGCAAGGCCUGUGAGUGAUGUGGCUAGGUAAUUUGGGUGGGGACACAUGGCGAGGGGCUUGGUGGCAGGCGGAGGAAGCUGUAGACCAUUGGGUCUUGAGCAUUAAAGUGGAGUUUUACGAACAUUCAUCCAGCCUUGGUUCCUAGGAGAUGCUAGCAUGGAUUAGAACGAAGAGCCCAUUGCUGCAGCAAUCCAUGUGUGCAAAAGGGCAUGGUGGUCAGCAUGGGAAUGGAAAAGGCUGCUUGAAUCUACAGGACAUUGAGGAGAAAGGACAGGUCGGCCUUGGUGACCCAGCGGAUGCUCGCAAAGAACCGAGUGUCCCGCAGAUAAUGCUAGAGCCCCUAUCAAAUCAAUGACCCUGGGAGGUAGAGAAAGGCAGGCAUAGUGAAACUGAAGCUACGAUUGGUCAGUGGCUUCCCCAGGGUAGAGCAUGCCUGCUCAGAGAGAGAGAAGGAUGUGCUGAGAAACCUGAGUGUAUUUCCCGUUAGCUAAUAAUGUCCUAAUAAUCUUCCCUGAUACUCCCUUCGGUUGAAGUGUUUUUUUGUCAUCUAAUUCCAGCCUCCGUGACACUGAUGUUUCUCCUUACACUGGCACACUUCCCUCUUGCUGGUACAGGUGACCAUGUGACGGGUCCUCCUCUCUGCUGUCCUCUUCCUUCUGACCACACAGCGGAGCCACAGGAGGCAGCAGUGAGAUGGUCCUUCCUUGCUCUUCUUCAGGUGCUCAUUCACUUUUACUUUCCACUAGAACUCACCCCUGAGGGUUCUGACCGAGCGCUCAUGGAAUUGUCGUGUUCACGCAGGGUGUGAGCCAGACUGGUUUCAAUGUUUCACCACAAAUUCGUAAAUUCUUUUAGGUACUUGCCAGUCUCUGCUGUAUAACAUAUUCCCCCCUCCCCAGCUCUUGAUCUUCCCACAAGAUAUAAAUGAGUCAUCAGAAUCUUUAUCAAAAAGCACCAUGCUCUUGUUGUCUGUAGACACCUAUAAGUAAGUAUCUAUAGAAGGAAGUGUGAAAAAUUAAGUAGCAGCUUAGAUUUGUUAAAAAUAAAACUGAAGUUUUUUGUUUUCUCCUUCAGUUUUGUUUUUUGCUCGCUUGAGUGGUCUUCUCAGGAAAUGGUCUUUCAGCUAAGUGGGUUUUUGAGGUUUGGUUAUUUCAUGAUGUUUCUGUCUCUUUUGGUUUUAGAAUGGAACAGACUCCUAAGAAUUGCUGUUUGCUUUUAAAAAAAAAUCUGCAGUUAUGCUAAGACACUAUUUUUAGAUUCUUAUAUUGGGGUAAAAGGACUACAGAGGGCAUCUCAGCGAGUUUCUCUUUACCUCAUAUCUGUCUCUAUCUUAGCUCUCCCUAAGAAGAGACUGAAGUUAAAGAUUGUUCUGAAAUAUGAGCUUGAGAAAAAGAGCUUUAAAUCUUAUUUGAUUGGGUCUCUUUUUGUUUAUUAAUUAAUAAAGUUCUGGUUUGGUUGGAAGUGAUUACAUUCCUAAGGGGACAGAGAGUUUAUGAAAUUCUCUCUCUUGUUAAAAUACAGAAAAUCAUUUUCCUUUUCAGUUUAUGCUUUGCUACUCUGCAAAUGAGCAAGUUAUUUGGAAUGUUUUAUUUUAAUUAGUAAUUACAUCUAUGUCUUAGUCUUGAGAUGCUUUAUUAACUGGUUAAGGGUCCUUUUCACUAUAUUCUGACUUGUUUGCUACUGCAUCCCCAGCCCUAACAUAGUGCUUAGCAUUUAGUUGGUACUCAAUAAAUUUGUUGAACAAAUUGAUGGAUUUUUAUUCCUUUUUUCUAACUUAAAAAAAUGGCAUAAGAAUUUUAAAAGACUUUUAAAAAGCACCUUGAUCCCAGCACUUACACAAUUGAUCCUUUCCUGCAUCACUUAGUCUUCAUCUAACCUUGUAUAUACUUUUACAGGGUUUGAGUUAUUGUGAACUUUAGAUUUUGUGCUUUUAAAGGCUUCCCCCCAUAUUUUAUAUGCCUUAAAAUAGCCAAAUUAAACAUUGCUUUAGUUAGUGCUACAAAAAAAUUCCCCUUUAAUGCUAAAUGGGGCUAAUUGGAGAAAUCCUAUCCCAUUCUCAACAAAUAUUGUUGAAGAACUCUGCUUCAUUUUAAUUUAUUGUGUGGCUCGGGAUUGAAAUUCUUUAUUGGCUUCACCUGCCUAUAAGCAGAAUCCCUCAGAGACCGUUCCUUUCCUGUUGUGAGGCUCAAUAGAGUGGAGGCGGCUUCAUAGUGUUUGGAGUCAUGAUUUCCCAAAGGGAGUUUGAAUAAUGCAAAACAGAAAGGAUUGCUAAUAUCUUAAAUAGAGGAAGUUCUAAUGGCACAUUUCCCAGUUUUCUUCAGGAUUAUUUCAGACUAAUUUUGUUAACAAUUAUUUAUGGAAUUUCUGUCCUCAAGCAGAGAUGAUAUGCUGAUUUGGGGCUGCGCUCACUCUGGAUGAGACAGUCUUAAGUAGGUUUGUACCCACUGAGGAGAGGAUUUAUUCAAGCUGAGAUGUGGAAGCUUUAUCUAGAACAGCCAGCCUGUCAAACA